AUGGACCCCACGUCGCCGUCGCCCGCGGUCCGCCGCGCCGCCGCCAUCGCGCGCCACCUCGCUGGCGCCACCGCCCCCAUCCCGGCGAGCACUCCCCUGGAACCUUCCUGCUGUCUGAGCUACGUCCCGCCGGAGUCCACCGAACGGCCGGCGGCGUUCGCGCCGGGCGACCUCAGGCUUCUGCUGGACGGGCACGACCUGCCCGCGCGCGAUUGGCUCUUCCGCGUCAUGGAGGAGAGCCCCCUUUUCCGCAGCCCGAGCGCGCGGACGGGCUCCAGGGUGUUCGUGGGGCCGGACUUGAACGACGGCAAGGAAGGGCAGCGGGAGGCCACCAUGCGGCGGAUCGCGUACCUGAAGCAGCGCGGCGUGUUCCGCGGGUGGCUCACAGAGGACAGCGCUGACGCCGAGCUCCGCAAACUAGCGCUCCUCGACUGCAUCGCCAUCUAUGACCACUCUCUCGCCAUCAAGAUUGGCGUCCACUUCUUCCUCUGGGGCAGUGCCAUCAAGUUUCUUGGAACAAAGCGCCACCAUGACAAGUGGUUGGUUGCCACGGAAAAUUAUGAUAUCAUGGGUUGUUUUGCAAUGACAGAACUAGGCCAUGGAAGCAAUGUGCGAGGAAUAGAGACAAUAGCAACUUUUGAUUCAGAAACAAGAGAGUUCAUCAUAAAUACUCCAUGUGAAUCAGCUCAGAAGUACUGGAUUGGUGGAGCUGCUAAUCAUGCAACACAUACAAUAGUCUUUUGUCAACUCCAUAUAAAUGGGAGAAAUGAAGGAGUCCAUGCUUUUGUAGCUCAAAUUAGGGAUGAAGAUGGAACUGUGUUGCCUAAUAUCUGUAUAGCUGACUGUGGCCAUAAGAUUGGACUGAAUGGCGUUGAUAAUGGGCGGAUUUGGUUUCAGAAUAUACGUGUUCCUCGUGAGAACUUGCUUAAUUUGGUUGCUGACGUUUUGCCAGAUGGGCAAUAUGUUAGCAUGAUAGAUGAUCCUGAUCAGAGGUUUGCAGCUUUCCUCUCUCCGCUUACACUUGGUCGAGUAAACAUUGCAGUUGACUCAGUCUAUAUUUCAAAGGUCAGCCUAGCGAUUGCUGUGAGAUACAGUUUGUCAAGGAGAGCCUUUUCAUUUACACCAGAUGGCCCUGAAACGUUGUUGCUUGAUUAUCCCAGUCACCAGCGACGCCUUCUACCACUUCUAGCAAAAGUAUGUCUGAUGAGUAGUGCUGUUAAUUUUAUGAAAAAUAUGUAUGUAAAGAGAACUCCUGAAAUGAGCAAAGCCAUACACAUUUACUCUAGUGCUCUGAAGGCGACACUAACUUGGCAGAAUAUGAUUACGCUUCAGGAGUGUCGUGAGGCCUGCGGAGGUCAAGGUCUAAAGACUGAGAACCGCGUAGGAAUUUUCAAAGCUGAAUUUGAUGUCCAGUCCACAUUUGAGGGUGAUAAUAAUGUUCUAAUGCAGCAGGUAAGCAAAGCACUUUAUGCUGAAUUUUUGGGUGCACAAAAGAAGAAGAAGCCAUUCAAGGGAUUGGGUUUAGAACACUUAAAUGGCUCAAGCCCUGUUAUUCCUGAUAAGCUGACAAGUAGCAUAUUAAGGAGCUCCAAGUUCCAGAUGGACCUAUUCUGCUUAAGGGAGAGAGAUUUACUGAAGCAGUUUGCAGAGGAGGUUUCUCUCCAGCUUGCACAAGGCGAAAGCAGAGAAAAGGCUUUGAUGCUGAGUUACCAACUUGCUGAAGACUUAGCUAGAGCGUUUACUGAGCGUACAAUCCUCCAAAUAUUUUUGGAGGACGAGAUGAAUGUCCCUUCUGGUUCCCUAAAGGAGGUACUGGGUUUGCUGAGGUCUCUAUAUGUUAUGGUGAACAUAGAUGAAUCCACAUCUUUUCUAAGAUACGGGCAUUUAUCACGUGACAAUGUAGCCCUUGUGCGGAAAGAAGUCUUGAAACUGUGCAGUGAACUCAGGCCCCAUGCCCUUGCUGUUGUCAGUUCUUUCGGAAUCCCUGAUGCCUUCCUUAGUCCACUUGCUUUUGACUGGAUUGAGGCAAAUGCACUGUCAACCGGGAGCCACUGA